GAAGAGGUUGCAUAAUGACACCAUCUCGCGCGGUAACCAGAUAGCAGCACACGAGCGUCGGGCGCACUUUGGCAGGGACCCCGAAGGAACGCUCCAGAAGUAAGAUCUAAACCAUGGCAACAAAUUCUUCCGAAAAUCCCGAUCUUGUUGAUUUGGUAGUGGAAGGUCACACGUUACAGGUUAGCAGAGCCUCGUUAAUGAAGUCGAGUCCGUUUUUCCGAAAGGCCUUACAAGGUGGCCAUAAUAGGAAGAGUAAAAGGAAGGUUGUUGUUUCUGGGGUAGGAUGCCAAACAUUCAAAGAACUUCUGGAGUACACGGAAACCGGGAAGUUGGAACUGUCAUGCAACAACAUUGCAGAUAUAUUUCAUGCUGCCUGCAUGCUGCAAAUGUUCGAUGUAAUAAAAAAGUGCAUAGAGAUGCGAGAAUCAUCAUCUCCAAUAGGAAGACAAAUUGCCCUCUACAGGGCUGCGAAGCAAAUCAACGCUACAGCUCCAAAAAACGAAGCAUUCAGCUACCUGGUAUCAAAUCUGUUGGCUGUCAUGAAGUCAAAAGAGUACUUGGAGCUCGAUGUCAAGGAUGUGUGUGAUCUCUUAUCAGCAGACACUUUAGGGUGUCGAGGAGAAAUGGAUGUGUUUGCUGCCGCCUGCCGAUGGGUAAAUCAUGACGUCGACGAUAGGUUGAGUCAGACAACACGGCUCAUGUGCUGCGUCAGGUUCCCUUUGAUGAACCUCACGGAACUCCACCAAUGCUUGGAAGUUAGUGAAUCUCCACGAUUCUGUGAAAUAAAAAAACUCCGUGCAAUGAUCCUGAGCGCAAUAAGCUACUGGCUCGUCAAGGCUGCUGGCAAUGAAAAGGAAGCCGGACGUCUCACACGGAGCAAUCGACAAUAUAUUUUCAAUUCCGAGCGGCUGUCUCCAGACGUGCGCCUGAGUGAAAUUAUGUCCGCAAUAAAUGCUCGACAGAAUGCACCUCCGUUAGAAGCCACAGAUUCAAGCAGUACCUCAGAGGAUACUGCCGACACAGAUGCCACUUCGGAAACACCCUCCAGUAAGCGCCAGUUCUUGAACGAGUCAGCCAUGAAGACAUGUCGCAAACUGCAAUCACUGACACGGGAGGUGAACCUUCGCCAGAUGACCACGGGAUCUGAAGGCACCUCGCCAAUGCUUCAGGUCAUGAAACCAAAUGAUAAUGAAUCUAACAGUGACACCUCGAAAACGGGUGAAGAAGAAAUGGGUGAUGAAAGGGAUGCUGAAAAUAGCACUCGUAAGACAACGUCUUAUGCUCAUAUUUCCAGGAGCAACAACGAAAGGAAUGUGACGUCAGAUCAAGCUAGUGGGACAGAAUUAAAGUCGUCCAUGCGUGAUACUAACUGUACCCAUUCGCAUAGAAACGAAAAAGGCGACUGGAAAUCGCGAACUUCAGGCCUGACAAUACACCCUCACGAGAGGUGCAUCGGAAAUGAAGUUUCCCCGCCGUGCAACGUCCACAAGAAGGUGGCCACAGCACCCGCGUCUUGUCAGACUUGCGAAUGUGAAUUCAGCGGGAUCUCACGAAUCAGUGAGGCUUCGGAACCACGCAAAGAUUUGCUAGAUUCGCGUCUCAAAAGUGAAGGAGAGGAAGGCUCCAUCUUCUUGAUUGGGGGAGUCGAACGAGAUCCAGCCGUGGAAAGCCCCUCCGACUGUCCGAUCUUGAGCUACGAUUUGGAAGCCGACACCUGGAGCACGCGCAAGACCCUCCCGGUUCACAGAUACGGACACAAAACUGCUUACAUUGAUGGGUACAUAUACGUUGUUGGGGGUUUUGAAAACUUCAGCCCCGUGAAUCUUGGAAAGACUUCUAGUCGUUGUUGCUUCUGGUACGAAGUAUUAUCGGGACGGUGGGGUAUUAUGGCUCCACUCAAUAAUACGAGAGCCUAUCACGGACUUGGUGUGCUCGGUAACAGCAUCUACGCUGUGGGUGGAGUGGACAGCAACAACAGGCUACUGGCUUCGGUAGAAGUCUAUGAUCGAUCUAGGGACGAAUGGGUAAAGCUAAAUGCGGAUCUGUACUCGCCGAGAAUGGCUAUGGGCACCUGCAGUCACAAGGACCAACUAUGGGUGGCAGGUGGCAUUGUUGAAAUUGGACGCAGAACUUGCUCAACAGCUUAUGUAGAAGUAUUUGACCCGGCAACGCAAAGGUGGGCAUUCGCGGUCAACUUUUUGCCAUCACCUCGGAGCUGCCUCUCUUUGGUGGAUUGCGACGGAACGCUGUAUGCUAUCGGUGGAUUGUUGAGUCACAGGUCAGGAAAGCGAAGGAGCUUCACCACUCUUGAAGAUGUCCUUGUGUUCGUUAAUGAACGAAACACGUGGGCUGAGAAAGCAUCUAUGCCAGCCCCAAGGCACAGCAUGGUUUCUACUACUCAUGAUGGCCUCAUAUUCGUUAUGGGUGGCAGACAGGCGGAAAAACCAGACCUGCGAUUCGACAAUAUCCUAACGUACGACACACGGUUAAACCGAUGGGCCACUUUAGGAGGAGCGCCCAAACAUCUAACUGACUACAACUGCGUCCUCAUCCCUCCGAAACAGCCUUCGAGGAACUUCAGAGAACGUCUGGCGAGCCGUGCCGAUCAUAGGCCCUGCACCAGGAGCACGGUCAAAUCAAUGGAGUACAGCGACGAUAACAAGUCUUACUCACAUGGGGAUGUUGCCAUGUUACAAAUGCACAUGGCCCACUUAAACGGUCGGUGAAACAUUGGCUAGAUUUAUCAAAAAGGGAAAGGGUCUCAUGCUGUCAAUAAUAUAUUUAUAUAAUAAACUUGCCUCCGUGUCGGUGGCUGCAAAACA